GAUACCCGAAAAUGAAUAUACUGAUAGAAAUUUUCCUGGUGGUAGUAAAAAUAUACGUCAAUAUUUGACUACCAGUAACUUUGCUAGACCUUUAGAAAAACGAAAAAGUGGAUAUUUUCUUGGUCAAUUUACUAUAUUGGUUUGGGCAUUACUGCAUUUUUUAUUGGCCUCGUAA